UAAAAUUAAUCAAAACGAAGAUUGAUAGAUAGAUAAAUUGAUUAAUUUUUAAUUAAUUGUAAUCAAAUCACUCAUUAAAAAAAAUAUCAGUAAUUGCAAAUGUCAUAUAAUUAGCAACACUUCAAUACCUAUUAAUAAGGUUAGUAAUACGUAGCGCCAUACUAGAUGGCAGGGCAAAUCAAUUAAAAUUAAUAAUUUUACAAUAAUCACGUAAAUUAGCAGUAGUAGCAUGAUGAUUUUGGUGAUUUUGUUUCAUCUUCAUCUUAAAAUAAUUCAACAUAAUAGAGCGCUAGCACAAUUAAAAAAUACGAUGCCUUUAAUAAUUUAUAGGGUCCUUCCGGUUUUACAUUCAACGAAAGUCCUUAAAAGCCUACAUAAAAAUAAGGUUAGAAUUAAAUGUUUAUGAACAAUUCAGCACCAAACAAUUUUAACGUAUAGGCUUAAAACUAAUAAAAUUUAGCUACAAUUCAUGCAAAUGGAUAAUAUGGAUAUGGAAAUGUUGUAAAUUAGAAUGCAAAUAUUUCAAACUUACACUAGCAUCAUAGUUAGCAAUAAUAUUAAGUGUAUUAGUCAUAGCAAUUAUAAUAAUAAUAAUAAUAAUAAUAAUAGUUUUAGUAAUCUCAAAUUUAUCAACAUUAAGCUCAUCACAUGAAUUAAUCUUAGGCAUAUCAAUAAUUUUAAUAAAAUUAAGUUUAAAAUCUUUAGAAUCCAUAAUAGAUUAACUAAUUUUAUGCAUAGAAUUAAGCUUAAAUGGCAUAAGCUGCUUUAAACAAUCCUUAAUAUUAAGCAUAGAUAAAUUUAACAGCAUAAUUGUAAUAGAAGCACAAUAUUGAAGAUGAAUUUGGUGAUUUUUCAACAGCUUCUACUGUCUAAAAUAUUCAUCAAAUGCAAGGAAGCUUUAAUUAAAAUGGUUAAAUUGCAUAAUAGGCAAUUAGUUAAUAUUAACAUCAUUAAAAUUUCUAGCAUUAAGGUUAUUCAAACUAAGGCUAAAAUAUUUAGUAAAAUUUAGUGAAUAUGACUCAAUCUGCAUAAACCUUUUAGGAAAAGCAUCCUCAAAUAAGCAAUUAGUUUAAUACAGUUUAGCAUGCUAAUUUUUAAGCACAAAAUAAUAAUCAUCUUCAUCAUCUGAGUUAGUAAUAAGUAAAUUGGUAGUUAACUUAAAAUCCAAAUUAAUAAGUUUAAAAGAACAGCGAUGAUUUCGGGGAUUUUAACGAUGCACCAUCAACUUAAAAUAAUUUAAACGCUGCUGUUCAAAUUUAGAAUUAAUUUUAAACUAUGCCUUCAGUCCCUAGCUCUUAAAAUAUCAAUACUGUACAAUAAGCUUAAAUAAUUUAACAGUAAAUAGUGACAAAUCAAGUAUAAUAGAUAAAUAAAUUAACAAAUAACGAUGAUGAUUUUGGUGAUUUUACUAGUCAUUAAAGCAGCUAGUAAACUACAACAGGUCUACAUAAUUUAUAGACCAUCAACAAUUUGAAUGCUUUAAAUGCUUAAAAUCAUUAAUAAAAUAUAGUAGCUCCAAAUUUAUAAUAAUAGUAGCCAAAAAUAGUAAAACAGAAUAGUGAUGAAUUUGGUGAUUUUACCACAGUUUAAACAACAGCUUAACAAUUAAAUGGAAUUCAAACCGUUUUACCAAACACUAGCUAGGGUGUUUAGCAAGGUUUAAGUCAACAUUUUUAGUCUCAUACUAACAUAGUUUAGCAAUCGAACUAAAUAGAGCAAUAGUAAUCAAACAUUAACUAAACUUUCUAAUAAAAUAACCUACAAGCUUUAUAAAAUGCAUUUGGAAGCACAUAAAUCACAUAGCAAGAUAAGGAUAAUAAUACUAAAAAAUAAAGUGACGAUUUUGGAGAUUUUGAAACAGCAUCUGGAGCAAUAUAAAACAACAGUUCAUCAAACUAGGCGUAGAAUGAAAAAGUUGUCCACAGCUAAUUUUAAAAUAGUGCAUAGAAAAGUGAUGGAUUUGGGGAAUUUACAGAUGCUUAGCCAUAAGUAGCUACUCACGUUUCUUCAUUUAACUAAGUUUAAUAAACCUCCUUACCUACUGCAGUUCAUAAUAUCUAAAAUCAAACAGCAUAAUAAAAAAUCAGUGAUGACUUUGGAGAUUUUUAAGACACAAAUGUGCCUAUUUAACCAUAAAAUUAACCAAAUAAUUAAAAUGCUUAGCAAGAAGGAUUUAAAAAAUACAAUGCAUUUUAUGAACUUGAAUAAAAAGCUCAAGAAUCUUAACCUAAGACAUCUGUUUUGGAUAUGCCUUUAGAUAUUAUACCAAAUCUGUAAUAAAAUCAUCAAAAAAACUAGGAUUUAUUUGGUGAUGAUGACAAUCAAAAUGAAGAUGAUUUUGGAGAAUUUUAAGAUAUUAAAACAGAAAAUUUAAUUCAAUAAUAAACUCAACAACAACAAUAAAUAUAAAAUUAGAAUAUUCGUUUCCACUCAGAUUAGUAAUACAAUUUUAAUGCAUAGACUCAAGUUAAUGUAUAGUAGGCAAACAUUUUAUUCAAUUCUUAAUUGCCAACUGUCAAAAAAUCAGGAGCUGAAAUUGAAAAAGAGCUUAUUGGAAAUGUGAUUAGCCUUUUUGAUGACUACAAAGUUGAUCACUUAACAGAUAAAAAUAAGAUGUUCUAAAAUCAAAGUACUUAAUAAGUUUAGUAACAACCUACAAACUUGGUUUAGCCUCAGUCAAACGUGUAAGUUCAAAAUAAAAUUGAAGAUGAAGAAUUUGGAGAAUUUGCAGAUUUUUAAGAGUCAAAACAAUAAGAAAAGGUAGUUGUAUAACCAAUUCAUGCAUAUGAGCUUGAUUGGGAUUCAAUUAUUAAAUAAAACUAACAAGUUGAUAAUGACCUUCAACCUUAAGAUUAGUUAUAAGAUGAAUUAUCUUAGUAAGGUUAACAAGAAUCUAAAUUAAAUCCAAAUAAAAAGAAUCAUUAAAAUGAUUUAUUUGAAGACCAUUCUUCCCAAAAUAAUGCAAAAGCUACGUCAAGCAUUUAAGACAACAACUAAGGAGACCACACAAGUAGCUAAGCAGACACACUUACUCUUGACUUUGAAAGAAACUUAAAAGUUAAAAAAAAUUAAAAGAAAAAUGAUUUUGAAGAUGAUCUCCAAGCAGAAUUAGGAGGUGAUGACGAUUUUGGUGAUUUUGAACAAAGCAAUAAACAUUAAUAAGUUUUAAAUGUGCCAUAAAAUAACUAAACUAUCUUUUAAACUUAAAAUACAGCCAAUAAUGUUUUCAAUAAUAAUGACCUCCUUUUUGAAGGUUUUGAGUAAGCUCCUUAUUAACCUUAAUAAUAGAAUAAUUAAGUUUAAAAUAAUCCUUAAUAAGUAAAUUCUUAAUACAACGACUAAAAUGAUGAUGACCUCUUUGGUGAUUUUUAAGGCAAUGAUCAAAUAAAUUAAUAAAAAGAACCUUAAUAAUUAUAAUAACAGUAACAAUAAAAUGCCAAUCAAUUUGAUGAGUUUGAAGAUUUUGAAGAUUUUGAAGAUUUUGCAGAAGCUCCAACAUAAUAAAACCAAUAAGGACAAUAGUAGUAGCAGUAAAUUUAAUAGUAAACACAUAAAUAAGAACCUAAAGUAAUGGACUUAAAAGAGUUUGAAAUGAAUACAUUUGACAUAACUGCUCUGGAUUAUGGAGAGAGCGCUAAAUAGAAAGCAGAAUAGCAAAAAAAAGAGUAAGAAAGGAAAAAAUAAGAAGAAGAAGAGAGAAAAAGAUUGUAGUAAUUGGAAUUAGAAAAGCAGAAGCAAUAAAAACUCAAUUAAAUUCCUUAGUUUAAUGUUGGUAAAUAAAUAUAUAAAGGAGAAUAUUGGAGAAAAGUGUAUGAAAACGAUGAAAGAUACUACGUAGACAACAAAUUUUAUGAAGAUUUAAUACAAGAAAUCGACUCGUUGGGUCUCUACUAACACUUUGAGAAAUUGAUCGCUAUCAGAGAAGGAUUAGAUAAAAUUGAAGACUUGGAGAAAUAAAGAAAAAAAGCGAAAAAUGAUUAAAAUUAUGAUAAAAUGUAUUAGUUAAAGCAAGAAAUAGAUGAAAUCGAAUCUUAAAAGGACUAUAAAGCCGAAAUGAUGUCAUUAGUUUACUAAGUUAUUGCUUGUGAAGGAAAAUGCUUCAACCAUUUGAUAUAUGACAGAAUUAGAAAUCUUGAAAAUGCUUUGAUUUUUGUUAAACAGUUCUAAACACUCCACGAUUAAAAUAGAGAUGUAGAUGAAGCCAUAGAUUUCAUGAUUAUAACCACAACUAUUGAUAAUAACUAUUCUUCUUAUGUCCAAAAACUCUAUUAAGUUUAGGAAGUCUGCUAAAAGGAGCUUUAAUAGUUUGAAUCUAAAAUGAAAUAAUUCCAUUCAUUACCUACAUAGGUAAAGUAAUAAAUUGUCUCCUAAAAGCAAUUCACAGACUUUAUCAAAGCCUCAACUCAAAUUUUGUACCAUGGAAAGAGAUAUAGUAAAAUAUCUAUUUCUUUGAGUUCUCAGUCAAUUGAUUUCGAUAUUUUGGAAAAGAUAGUCACAAAUAAUAUUUUAAUACUUAAUAAACAAUUUAAUACAGGUUUCGAAUAAGUUAAAAAGAAUUUCAGCUUCACAGAAGAGCUAACUUAAGAGUAAAGAGAAAAAAUAAUAAACGACAUUGUAAAUCGUGAAUCUAACUUGCAUUUAAAUGAAUUUAUAUGUAAUUUAUGCUUAGGAGUUGCAAACGAUACAAGAGUACAUUACAGAGGAAAGCACUAUCACAAUCUUUGUAUUAAUAUUUGGUUCAAUAAAAUCUCUACAAUCAUAGAAUGA